UUCGCCAUCUCAUUUCGGUAUUACUUCGGCCCGGGCCAAUCGUUAGGGUUUAUGAUCUGGGUCUGGGAGAGCCGUUUGGUACCUGUCCGGUUCGCAAUUUGGGUUAGUUUGAGUAAACCACUCAUUGUUGCUAUUAGACCAAACAAGAGAGAUUGAUCGCAGAGCACUGCGGUGGUGUCCGACCAUUCGGUGGGGGACACGGCGUGCUCCGAGUGCAGCCUCUCCAUACCGUCAUUUCCAAAGCCAAAGGAUGCCCAGGCGGAGUUCCUCUCCUCUUCCCUCAGCCAGUGGCAGAGCCUCGGUACAAAACCUGACCGCCACCCUCUUUCUCGCCGUCAAGACGAUCGCCACGACCAUAGCCAACAGGCCCCCCCCUUACCUUUCCAAUCCCUUAUUCAAUUUCCCUACUCCAACCUGAUGCAUUUGUUUGAUUGGUUGGAUUCACCAAGUGGAACCUUGAUUGACUGCCAGGUUUGUAAGAAACCAUAAAAGACGAAUUCAGCAUUGGUUCUAUCACAGAGCAAAGUUCAUCAACAAGUUCCUGUAGUUGCCUGAAUACUCUGCCUGUUAUUUAUCGAGGAGAGGAUGGAAGAAUGCACUACCAAUCCUGCAGAUAGAAUGCCGAACAAGCAUUCACUGGAUAUCACAUUGGAGGAAUUGGUACGGACGAGAGAGGAGAUCAAGAGAGCUCGGGAAAGUGCGGUGGAAUCCUGGAUAGACUCCAUGCCCUCCAUUGAUGAGCUCGAAAGUUCUAGAUCUGUCCUCUCAAGAACCAGAAACAGAGUUACCAUGUACACCACAGCCAUUGCAUCGCUCUGCUCCCUGCUCAACUCCACUGGCAGAAGCAUCAGACAUAAACAAGCAGAGGAGAGCAACUCUAAGAUGGCAGCUGCAGAGAUGCGUCAAGAAGCCCACAGGAGACGUGAGGAUAUGGAGAGCCUGAAGGUGGAGAUGGAAGAGAUGGGUGCAUCUAGGAACAAGGUAAAGAUGAAGCUUCAAAUCAAAAGCCAGUUGCUGAAAGCCUUGCAACUUAAGUUGAGAGCGAUUGACAUGGAGAUGGAAGCAGUAAAUGAAUCAGUGGAUGCCACUCUGCAUCAAGCAAAACAUCUGAGAGCGGAUCACAAGAUGAUAGCUCUCUCACAUGAAGAAUACAAUGUGAUGUGCAGGAGAAUGGAGGAAGAGGCUGCAGCAGCAAGUUCUCAGAUUGUAUGGUGGGAUGGCAAGCGUCGUGCAGCAGCAGAUAGAAAGGCUAAUGCAUUGCAACGACUGCAGGCUCUUCAAAGAGAGAGGGAAAUAUCAGGAGGCAUGUCGAAAGAAGCACACUUAGAAGCAGAUAAGAAAACCAAAACCAAAGCUUCUCCACUGCAAGGGAAGCUGAAAGAGACUGAAGGAUACUACCAGCACCUGAGAAGGAGAGCAAGAAGGCAAAGCAGUGAGAAGGAGGUGAGGAAGAAGCAAUCGAUUCUUCAAAAAACUCGAAGAUUCAUCAUGCGGAAGCUAAAGUGGUUCUUCAACUGAUGACAAUGAAUAAGCAUCUUUUGUCAUGUAGAUUUCACGUGGUGUAUCAGUGUAACUAUCAGAAGUAUUCAGAUACGUACACAGAAACUACAACAAAUAUGAAACUUCUUGGCAUCUUAAUGUUGCUUAGCAUAACAUGGUUGGCAGAUCCAAAAUAUGAAGGAAACUAAUGCUUUAGAUGGUGAUGUACUUAUGGAAAGAAAUGAUUGGUUCCUCCAGGAGAGACAUACAUUUAUUUAUCUCCAUUGAUAUCUUUUUCUUAAUGUUUUGGUUGGUAUAAAAUGGUAUAUCACAACACAAAAUGGUGUAUACAACAGUAUUAUAGUGUAGAUGCAGCAUGUUUCAUGUAACCGGUCACUGACACUUGGAUUCAUCUUCAA